GAUAAACCGAGGCAACCUAUCUGACUCUCCGAUAAUGCUAACUGGACAUCAUGCUUGGAGAUGACAACUGUUAGAGUUAUAUUACGUUCUGUAUUUUAGAAAACAUUUACGAGUAUUUGCUGUUAAUUGAUUAAUUAGUUGAUAAUUACGAACGAGGAUGAGGAGCAAUGUGACUUGGACUGCCGUUGCUAUGACGAUAGUGUUGAUUUCCGGUACCAGUUCAAUCGCACUACCCGGCCUUGACCUUAGCACUAGUGUUGAUGACCCCGAACCUUUCCAUCUACCUGCAUACCUCAGUCCUGUAGGCGAAGGCAGCAAAGGGGUGAAAACCCAGCCCACUACUCGCCCCCCUUCCACCCAGCAACCUGCUUCACACAGCAUCACCGCCGGGCAAAAUGGCGACGCAUUCUCAAACUACCUCAUAAAGAGUCUCACACAAAUGGACGCAAACACUCUAAAGACGCUUUCGAAUAUUAUCAAUCUGGAAUUGAAUAAACAAGUACCAUCUCAUCAGAUACAAGGUCAAGCUCAAAGUCAGACAUAUGACAAAGUUAACGUCCAAAGUCCACCUGAGGCAACACAUAUUGGUCAGUAUCCACACAUAUCUCAUGGGAUCACCAGUGAGUCUUCAAGUAGCCAAUAUAAACCUUCGACAAUGGCAGGAGCUUCCCAAAUGAAGCAGGAAGGUCAAGGAUAUUCUCACUCUAAUAACCUAUCCAAUAAGCCACUUGGUUUGAACGGUGGUCAAGCACCGGCUUUCUCACAACAGACCGUUGAUCCCUCUAGGAACCAGCAGCCACAAAUGGGAACUUCAGUUAGCCAGUCACAAUUUAACCCUGGACAGAUGACGGCGUCUAGUAUGGGAGGUGGAAAUGGUAACACGGUCCAGGGUAUUUCUAACUCGAUGUUUCAGACUGCUGUAAGCGGUGGCCGGCCGUCAGCCUCUAAUAUGGAAGUGGAUACGUCAUUUGAUCCAAACAGACUCAUGGCAUCGAUAGAAGCAGAGACGUCUCAAUACAACCCGAAUGCAUUCAUGGCAAAGCAAAAUUACAUCACCGCAAACCAAUGGAACUUUGCUAAGCAAAACCAGGUACCUCAGAACACACAAUACGUCAAUCAGGUUCAGACGGAUAAUUCUGCCGUAGAACAACAGAAGAAACCAAACAUUAUGGGAACUACUCAGCUUAAUUUUGAAUCCUGAAUAAUGAUGACAGCACUAGGCAUUAAAGGCCUGAAAUUUACAUUUAAUCCCGAUAAAAUCAACUCGUUUGGAAGCAAUGGGUUUCAGCCUGGUUUGUAUCCGCAGUCUUCUGGCAAUCGGAAGUUGCCGAAGAACAUGUUCAAUGCAGAUACAGUCAACAAGAUGCUAAUGAGUCACGGUGUAGAGCCAAAUCAUCAGACAAAACAACAGCCAACGAAGGACCAGGCAAGUCAGGUCGUCCACAAGUCGGUAUACAAUCCAGAUACAUUCAAUCAUCCGGCAGUACACACUGUACCAAACACCUACUUGCAGUUUAUUGGAAAUGAAGGUAGUGCUACUGUGCAGUCAUCAGUAAAUAACCAUAUCGGUAAUGGUAAAUCAGAGCAAUCCAUACAAUCCGAAACACCUUCUCGUCAGCAAAACGGGAAUGAAUUCCACACACAUUUAUUGUCACCGAUCAGUGAUAUGGGUAGCACGUCAUCUAUAAACAACACUUUACAGUCAGUGAAGUUCAAUCCCGAUCAGACAAAUGCUGCCCAACGCCAGUUCGACCCAGAAAUAUUAUAUAAAUCUCUGUUUGUCGGUGGAGGCAGACAUACAUUACCUAGCACACACAUGACAAUAUCUCUACGAAAAUCGGCUCGCGAUGAAAAUGGAACAGACGCUGCAGAAAUCAAUACACCUAAACCACAGACAACCAGUUCAAACUCAAAAGAUUCAGGACAAUCUACAACUCUAUCGAGUACCGUUACGUCUACCAAACAACCGGAGACAAGUGUUACGUCAACCACGACUGCUACUACAACUGGAGCAGACGGACUCAUGUUUAACCCCGACAACGUAAAUGCAGGCAUUGCCCAGAUGAUGAAUUUCAGCCCAGGAUCUCUGAUGAUGGGAUACAAUCAGAUACAAGCAGGGCAGAACACUAAUAUGGCAAAUGCUGCAUAUAACCCUAAUCAAAUCAAUCAAAUGGGAGAAUUCCAAUCAGUGGUGUCUCCCAUGAUGGCGGCAUUAAUGGGAGAAAGCGGCGGUGAGAGUAACAUUGGGUCUCAGACUGCCUCUCAGCCUAAUCAUGACCAGUCUCAAAGUAUAUCUGUCAUGUUUAAUCCAGCUGAUGUGAAUCACGCAAAGAUGAGCUUCGACAUCAACCAGCAGAUGGGUUUCAAUGAAAAUUCAGGCAACGCAAUGUUUGACCCCAUGAAGAUAAAUGUUCUUACAAAUAAGAAUUUAAAUAAGUCGGUCGGUGCUACCAACAAAAACAACUUCUUUAGCUCAAACGGAAUGAAUAUGAUGGAUAAUUCUGUUUUCACCGGAAUGUUUGACCCCAACAAAGUCAAUCAAGCGCCUAUGGCAGAUAUGAAAGUUAACAAACAUCAAAAUAGUUCAGCUAGCUCUUCAAUGAUGAAUUAUAUGUCAACAUUUUUGGGAGUGGGUAGUGUUGGAGGUGCUGGGGGAUCUGUGUUUGGCGGGAGUUUUAAUCCCUCGGAAGUUAAUACGGCUGUUUUUAAUCCAAAUGAUGUGAACAAUGCACGAAUGAACUUUGACCCCGCUAAUAUGCUUGAUCGUAAUCCUGGUUACGAUUCGGAAAAAGCGUCUCAGACAAAUUUCGAUCCUACAAAGAUCAACGAUAUUCACAUGAAUUUCCAGCCGCCUUUUAUACAUGUUGAUAAAAACAAGGACGUUAACUCUACAUCUAAUGCAUUUAGUCAGUACAACUCCAAAUUCACUCCAGGGCAGCUCUCUCCUAAUGGUAACGCUAUGGUGUUUAAUCCCACUGAGAUAAACCAGGCCAAAAUGCACUUUAGCGCUGUAGACAUUUUCAACUCCACUGACAUCGGAAAUUCCAUUGUGACACAGGGCAGCUCGCUCUUCAGUCCACAAGUGCCAAAUAAAAAUUCCAACAUUGCGAUGCCUGUGUUCGAUCCAGUAGCAGUCAACAAUAUGCAAAUGAAUUUCCUUCCCAAUUCAGCAUUGGGUGCUUAUCAAUCCUCUUUAACAACCAUCGGAACAAAACCGAAGCCGAGUACCACAUCAAUGUCCACCCCUACUUCACCUACUACUACGACAAGGCAGAAAACGUCCAUCACAGCUCCAAGUUCUGUUUCAUCUCCAAACUCCACCGACGUAAACUGAUAGUAGUUGCAAGGAAGAAUGUGUUUAUCAUAAUGCAAGAAAUAAAUAUUAAAUGCUGUUGUGAUGAUAUCUAGCACUGCUUUAUUUAUUUAAUUAUUUAUGAAUUUAUUAACUUCCAUUUUUGUCACUGAUCAUUACUAACAUAAAUGUCAUACAUUUGGUUCAACAAAUUUCAUGCUUGAACUUUUAAUUUCGUUGGUGUAUAUGAAAUGUGACAUUAAAUUGCUGUGCUGCCCUAGGUCAUAGGAGAGAUCAAGAAAAUGACGGAUUUUAUCUAAUAGUAGUUUUUCGACUAUCUCCCUGAGAAAACCUACCAAUCAAUGUUUCGUGUUACCACGUUAUGAGGAACAAACUGAUCAACUGAGAGAUGGGUGAAGCAAGCAUGUAUCUGUUCUUGAACCGUUCAGUUUGACUUAUAUGAUUAGUGGAGAAUUGAUGAAGAUGAUAAUGAAAUACUAGGCUCUACGCUCGAUGGAUUGCACAAAAUACGCACAAGAUAUUAACACCUUUCGAAACAGUUUGAUACAGUGGAAUCAAAAUGAAUUAAACUUAACCAACAGUUGUUUCAGUCUUAUACAAUUCGUCAGUGAUGCUAUGAGAGGCAAAUAAAACCCGAAACAGGCCGAAAGAAAUAGAUGUCAAAAUCUGGAUGUUCUGAACUGUGUAACUAUUCAAAUAAACUAAAUCGUGACAAGCAAUCUAAGAUAUACCUUGGGGACUUAAAAGUCCACCAGCAGUGUCUACCUCCUGUAAUCACUAAUAAUUGUGCAAAAGACACACAAGCUAUUAUCACCUUUAAACAAAUGAGAGUUCGAGACAGUGGAAAUGAAGUGAGUUAACUACACCAUAAUACGACAACGACCCCAUACGUGGCGAUUUAUGCGGCCAUAAAGUGCCAAUAGAUAAAGAAUGGAGGGAAAGACAAAAAAACCCACAAAAAUCGAAUAUACAAUGUAUAUGUAUAUAAAAGAGUGUGUCUAAUUCUCACUUCGAUUCCACAUAAUCAUCAUCAUUACCAAACUUUAAGAGGCACGGUACAAUAUCUGGUGUACAAAUAUGGCGCUCCAACAAAUAUUGAAAAAUUAUAUUUCCUUCAAUAAAACAACA